CCGACGAGGAUGCAGGCAAUCAUGCGUGUUCUAACCCUUGCGACGCUGCUCUCAGCGCAGACAGGGAUUUCCCUUGGGCGUCCGUUUGGACAACAUUUACCUCGCGCGGCCACGGAACCCGACCCUUCCUUCUUCGUGAACAUCUCCUUGAAUGGGAAGCAGUACGUUAACAAGGGUCUUGUCGCCUUUGGGUUGAUACCAUCGAACUUUGUGGAGUCGACAGGCGAUACGCUGGGAGGUAUCGGCAGCGCUAUCGCGCUCAAAAGGGGAUCGUUUGCCCAGCUAUCCAACGGCUCGUUCACGGGUACGAUCGUCGCUCAACCCGACAGGGGCUUUAACAUCGACGGGACGAUCGACUAUCAAGCACGGCAACACCAGAUUGAUUUUGUCUUGUCGCCGUAUUAUGACGCCGACAAUCUCGAUUUCGCGGACGGGCUGAAGACACUCCAACUCACAUACAGGGAUACUCUCCUGUAUACCGAACGAGAGUCACAGAAGACGACUGGUCUGGAUGCGUUGGGAGUACGCCAGGCAGAGACGCUCAGUCCCCCUGCGAUCAACGACCCUCCUAUGCCCAUUGCCCCUUCUAACGGUCAUCUCGCUGUGGAUGCGGAGGGUCUCGCGCUUAACGCUGAUGGGACUUUCUGGGUCAGCGAGGAAUAUGGACCGUACAUCUACCUGAUGUCCGCUGAGGGCCAGCUUAUCGAGACCAUAUCACCACCCGAAGCAAUCCUUCCUUUCAUCGACGGCGCGCUGAACUUCACGUCGGACACGGACCCGGAUACCGGACGCGCUGGAAAUCAGGGUUUCGAGGGGCUUACGUUAAAUGACUCAGGGGAGACACUUUAUGCGCUUCUCCAAUCCGCAACGAUCCAAGACGGCGGCUCUGACAAGUCGACCUCCCGCUUUACGCGCCUAUUGGCAUACAACGUCUCAAACACCCUCACCAUGCGCCCAUCGCUGAUCGGCGAAUGGGUCGUACCUCUGCCCCAGAACAAGAAGGGAAACACGCUCGCCGCGAGCGAAGUCCACUUUGUGAGCGACGGCGUCUUCCUCGUCCUGUCCCGCGACGGGGACGGCCAUGGCGGAGAUGACGACAAUUCGGCGUUCAAGCAAGCUGACCUCCUCGAUAUAUCGAGCGCAACGGAUAUUCACGGGACUGACUUCGACGACCCGAGCAACCCCAUCGCCAAGAAGGGCAAGCUAGAUAAGAGCAUCACACCGGGAACAUACGUUGACUUUGUCGACUUCAUCGACGACACGCAACUGGCUCGUUUCGGUGUCCAUAACGGCAAACCGGCCGACCAGACCCUCAUCGACGCGAAGUGGGAGUCCCUUGCGCUGGCACCCUGCUUGGACCCGACCUUCCCGGACGACUUCUUCCUCUUCACCGCGGCCGACAACGACUUCAUCAGCACCCAGGGCAUCGCACUGGGCGUGCCAUUCAACGCGGGGUUGGACAACGACAACCAGUUCAUGGUGUUCCGCGUAACGCUCCCCGGCGCAUCGGCCGCCAGUGUCCUACAAUCCUAGCUGUCACAUAAAUACAUAAAUAGCAUGCAAAG